UGAUACAUCCGGGAUAAACCUGGACAAGGAGCUGGGCCUGACUUAUGGGAACACCAGAUUAAAACGAGAAGCGCGACUGAUGUUGCGCCUUUAUUCUGAAAAGAAAAGAAAACGCCUUCCGGUUUGAGCGUGUCUCUAGCUUUGUCGCUGCUGCCGUGGUGCAACGUUAGCUAUGGCACCGAGCGUUCGAGCCACAGUGGCAGUGCCGUGUUCGUGGACCCGUUAAGUCGCUGACACUAUGAGAUAAAGAUGGAGGGCGUAGCGGCGGAUGCGUCUGUGGCCGAAGAGGACGACGGCUCGGACGGUGCAGAGGUUCUGUGUCUGAUGAGAGUCGGGAGGAAUUCGGACUGGCUUCGCCUCUUCGACAACACGGAGGUCUCCAUCGGACGUGGUGUGGAUGUGACCCACCAGCUGCUGUCUCCCAGUUGUCCCCUCAUGAUCUCCAGGCUGCACUGCACCUUCAAGCAGAGGGACGAUGGCCAGUGGACCGUGACAGACAAGAAGAGUCUUAACGGUGUGUGGGUGAACGGGAACCGCAUUCCCGCCGAAGAGACGCACCAGCUGCGGCUCGGAGACUCCAUUCGACUCGGCGUUCCCAUAAGCGGAACCAAAGUGGAGUUCGACUACAUCCUGGUGCAGCGGCCGCUCAAAGACAUUACGCUCUGCCUGGCGAAGGGACACAGAGAUGGCGCCAAAGCGGCCCACGUCUCCAAGAAGCCCAAGAGGAAGCUGCCCGUGGACGAGGUGGAGCCGUCCACCUCAAAGCCCAAGCUCUACCGACACUCGUCUGCGGACAAGUCGUUCGCCAAGUCCUGCCCCCUGUCCCCGGUGAAACACCAGCACAGGCUCGGUCACACGGAACCAGAGAAGACUGGGUCCGGCAGACGGGUCGAGGAAGCGGACCACCCCCCCAAUGGCCCCAGUGAUCCCUGUGACCUGGACAAUUUGCAGAUGUACAGCCAGAACAUCCUGUUGCUGAGGGAGCAGGUGGACGACACGCGGAGACAGGUGGCCUCUCUGGAGGGCCAGCCACAGCAGGCCGACCCUCGCAGAGAGGAGCAGGUCCGGGAGCUGCAGGGUCAGCUGGAGUCGCUCCGAGCCAUAAUGCACCGGAUGGAGACGCGGGAGAAGUCCUUCAGCGAAACUAAGAGGAAGCUGGAGGCAGAGAAAACACAGCAACAAGAGGAGCUUUUGAAAAAACAGCUGGAAGGAGCUUUGCAAGAGCAAAAGAAAGUGAUAGAUGAACUUUCCCUCUCUCGGCAAGGCUUCGAAGAGAUUCUUUUGGCCAAAAACAAAGAGCUGGAGGUGACAAAGGAGGAGAAGGAAAAGGCGAGGGCCCAAAAAGAGGAAGUAGUGACACAAGUGACUGAGGUUCUGGAGAACGAGCUUCAGUGCAUCAUCUGCUCCGAGCUCUUCAUCGAGGCCGUCAUCUUGAACUGCGCUCACAGCUUCUGCUGUCACUGCAUCAAGCAGUGGCGCAAAAAGAAAGACGAGUGUCCCAUCUGCCGACAGGCCAUCCAGUCUCAGACCCGGUGCCUGGCGCUGGACAACUGCAUCGACAGCAUGGUGGAGAACCUGAGCCUGGACAUGAAGGCGAGACGCGAAACCCUCGUCACAGAGAGGAAAGGUGAGAGCCGCCGACUCCGCAGUGGUGAUGGUAAUCCACGACGACGACAGCAGCCAGAGCAGCGAGAGCGACGACAGCAGCCGGAGCAGCGAGAGCGACAGCAGCAUGGUGUCAAUAGACAGCAGCCUGAGCUCCGUGGUCUCCGUGGACACAGACAGUAGCAUCCACCUGGACUCCAGCCCCGCGUACAGCGGCUUCUCUGACGAGAGUCUCGACGGGUUGGAGGACUAACCUGGUUUUGUCCAGUGGGCAGGGACGUAAAUGGGACUUCUUUUCUUUCCUUGGGAAUGUUCCUGGGACACUUUGAGGUAGUACGAAAAAAGGUACUGGAGUCCAGUAAGCAGAUUCAGCUGGGGGUUUAUUUACCUUUUUUUUAUUUGUAAAAUUAUCAGUUUGUCUUAUUGUCUUUAUUUUCAACAAAAAGAAUAAAGUUUCUGCCUAUGCAUUUCCAUAGUCAUUUCCUGUCUCUGUGUCUUGAUGCCAUAUUGUAGUUGUGGUUCUAAGCAACUAUUAAACCUUUUUGAAAUCA